CCUGAGUCUCUGCGUCACUAUGUGAGAUCCAGCAGACGAAUGGCUCCUGUGUAUAAGAUGCUGGCAGAGGUGAAUGAUGCUGCUGGUAUUGGUGUGACUUCUUCGUAUAAUGCAAUUAGUAGGGCUGGUGGUGGUCGGAAGUUUGUUGGGUUCACAAAGAAUGAUUUGAAGAACCAUCUGCGAACGGUUAGGACGUCAUCAAUGGAGUAUGGUGAUGCGACUGCAUUGCUUGAAUACUUUAGACGUCAAGCACAGCUGGAUCCUGGGUUCUUUCAUGAGGUGGAGGUUGAUGUUGAAGAGAACAUUGCUAGUAUCUUUUGGGCAGAUGGGAAGAUGAGGAUGGAUUAUCAUUAUUUUGGUGAUUCAAUUAGUUUUGAUACUACUUACCGGACUAACAAAGAGUAUCGGCCACUAGCUUUGUUUGUUGGUUUCAACAAUCAUCACCAACUGACUGUCUUUGCGGCUGCUCUUCUCUAUGAUGAAACAACA